UCUAGAUCAGCCCAUUGAACCUCCUACCCAUAACGACCGACUUGACGAAUUCUCUCCUUCUUAAUCGAUAGCAAUAGACCCAGGCUCAACUACUCCCCUCAAGUUUACCUGUUUUACGGGCGCGCGCCUUACCAUAUCAAGUUCGAUUCACGCUAGAUUGGCCGCUACCCCAGCAUCAUGGCUCAACGAGAUCUGAAGCCGGAAGAGAAACUAGCGUUGAUCAAGGAUCAAUUGCAAGAGGUCCUCCAUGGAGACAUCCUUGAGCAAGUUAUCCUCAAAGAACAAAGGCCGCUGGUUAUCUACUGGGGCACAGCUACGACGGGGAGACCGCACUGCGGCUAUUUCGUUCCCAUGAUGAAGAUUGCACACUUUUUAAGAGCCGGAUGUCGAGUUAAGAUUCUUCUCGCAGAUAUCCACGGUUUCCUGGAUAACCUUAAGGCUCCUAUCGAGCUCGUCAAGUUCCGCGCAGAAUACUACAAAUUCAUCAUUCAGGCCCUCCUCAAGACAGUGGGUGUCAGUCUUGAGAAGCUGGAGUUUGUCCUGGGGUCUUCCUACCAGCUCAGUGCCGAAUACACAAUGGACUUGUUCAGGCUUAGCAGUGUUGUCACAGAGCAUGAUGCAAAGAAGGCUGGUGCAGAGGUUGUCAAACAAGUUGACAACGCAUUUCUGUCUGGUCUUUUGUACCCUCUCAUGCAGGCUCUGGACGAACAGCAUCUCGGAGUCGAUGCCCAGUUCGGUGGUGUUGAUCAACGCAAGAUCUUUGCACUCGCGCAAGAAACCCUGCCCAAGGUUGGUUAUAAAGAAAGAGCACAUCUCAUGAACCCCAUGGUCCCAGGGCUUGCUGGAGGUAAAAUGUCGGCGUCGGACCCCGAUUCCAAAAUUGAUAUCCUCGAUACUGCCGAAGCUGUGAGGAAGAAGUUGCGCAAAGCCUAUGCUGCGGCUGGGGAGACUGAAGGAAACGGCAUCAUCUCAUUCGUUGAAUAUGUCUUGCUCCCUAUCAGCAGCCUGAGAGACCCUGAAGGCAAAGGUACCUUUACUUGCAACAGAAGAGAAGGAGAAGGAGAGCCCCUGGUUUACCAUGAUAUCGAGACGUUGAAGGCCGACUACCGCAGCGACAAGCUGACACCUCAAUUGCUGAAGUCAGGAGCAUCCGAUGCUUUGGUGGCUCUUUUGGCACCAAUUCAAGAAGAGUUUCAAGCAUCACAAGAGUGGCAAGAUAUCGAAAAGAAGGCGUACCCGCCAGCUGAGCCGGCCAAGAAGAAGAAGCAACCCAAAGACAAAGGCACAAGACAUCCUGGCGCGGGAAACCUCAAGGCCAAGGCUGAUGGGUCAGUUCAGGGACCAGGAAAAGAGGAAGCUGAAGUCGCCAAGUCCGCAGAGGAAGCCAUUUCCAAGCUCAACAUUGAACAACAAGGGUCGUGAUGUUUUCAUCUUGCUCAUCUUGCUCACCUGAGCUGCCAGGUCGAGGCUGACAAGUUGGGACUUGACUCAACGUCAACGCCAGCCAUUCCUUGGACCGAACGAUGGAGCGCUCACUGGCUUGUAGAAGACCAAGUUAAGAGCUCGAUACAUGGUCUGACCACGGCGAGAUUUGUCCUCAAUGACACAUUAUCACUGUGGGCUCUCAAAUGUCAGAAGACACAUGGCUUCAAAAGGAGUCCAGGACAGGUGAUGCGAACGCUAGUUUGUCCUAAUUGACACCAAGUGGAUCAUGGCGCAAGGCAAACAUGAGCAUAGAGGCAACAUCAAGUGUGUUCUGCUUUCGGACUCAAGCUUGUUCUCCGGGGAAACCCCAAAUACUGGACCUUCAAGCAACUAUAGCAUUGUAGACUAGGGCACGGGCAUUUAUCAGAAUUGUCCGACCUUCUAGAAUAGAUGUGACCAAGAAGAACUCAGCCGAGGCUCCGAAAUGGAAGCAAGCUGGCUAGUUUCAUUGUCGAUUGGAAAGGUGUCAAUACCCAAUGAGGCAAUUCAAGAGACAUGC